GCCAAACGAUUCGGAUGAAGGGGAUGAUAACACUAGUAUUGCUAGCAGUCAAUUUACGCGCCCUUCGAUACCAGCUUCGAGUAAAACAAGUACAAUGGCCAGAACGAUGCCACGCCCGCCUCCGAGUACACAGCCGUCCGGGAGCACCAUACCGAGACCUGACCCAUUCAGGCGAGGAAAAGAGGAUCUUUCUAGGCUGAAUGAGCCUCAGAGACAGCAAAUGCAAGCAGCUGCGUCUGGGAGUGCACCUUCACAGAAGUCUCAAGGUCCACCUCGGACGACAAUUGAACGCAUUCCGCCACUCCCUGCCACGCAACCUGCUGCAUCAGCUUCAUCUUCCUCAAGACCCUCUAAUGUAUCUUCACGAUCCUCCCAUGUAACCCCUAUUUCUCCACAGAACAUACAACAGCCUAGCUCAGGGCAUGGCUCGAGGCGGAAGCCAAUUUUUACAGCUAGAAAGAGUGCAUACAAUCGACCUCCUCAGUCACAGCCAUCCUUGUCCAGGCCUUCAUUGUCCAAGAAUACGCGGUCCCCUUUAUCCUCAUCUAUUCCUUUCCGGCCAAACGAGCCUUCACCUCGCAGUGCUGAAAAAGGAAAGGGGAAGGCAGACGACAUCAUUUCCAUCCAAGAUUCUGAGGAUGAUUCAACGUCUGUUUCUCAGUCUCAAAUGCUUUCCGAACCUAGAUCACCAAGGAAAACGUUGGCCCAUCCAUCAUUAUCACAGCCCGGUUCAAGAAGUUUUUUAUCCACGAGUAGCGGAGAUGAAUUUCCUGACUCGUUGUCUCAACAAUAUCGCGGUCGAGAAGGUAUACAGUCUGUAAACCGGUCGGUAAAUGACGGUGAACGCGAGCCCGAAUCAAUAUCUCGAGGGCCGCGCAAUUUCUCAAAUUCCAGAGGCGGGCGAUCAAAUGUAGGAGCAACUAGUGGUCCUUCCACUCAGCCUGUUUUUGGCAAUGCAAGGACCGCGAGCACUAAUCACCCUCCUCCUUUGACCCAACCAACAACUACAGGCAGACGACUAAAUUCCAGCACAGCUACAAAUAGGACAGUAGGAGAAUCAUCUUCGCCAAGGCCUGUAGUUGAUUUAGGUGUCGUUGAAGUGUCUGACGACGAUGACGACGAGGGAGCUCGCGCUGUGAACCGCGCGAACGAAACAAUCGUAGUGGACUUAACGACAGACGAUGACGAUGUGCUCUCAUCUGCAGUGCCGGCCACCUCACGUGGCAGCCACCAUGCUCACGUUUCCACAACCGACUCGCAGUCGAGGAUACACUUACCAUCAUCACAGCCCGCUCGAAGUCUGCCUGAUCUCUCACAGUCGCAGUCUCCACCCGCUGUACGCCCUAAGCCGCGGUCGUCUGCGAUACCUAAAGACAAAAUGGCAAGCAUAAAACCGCGACCCGCUGGCUCCAGGCCAUUGAACGACAGCCGUGGACGUUCAGGUAACGAUCUCGGCACGGCGCGGGUUAAUUCAGGACCUGAUAGAGCCGCCUCAGAAUUAGCUGAUGAUCUAAUCGACGAGACGAAUGACGGGGACAACUGCAUACCGGGCAGGUUUACCUUUCAUCCCACCCUAGCGCCAGGAGAUGGGAUGGUCGUUGAUUCGGGACUCCAGCAUGAUGGAUUGCAUGCAGAUAUGCCUGAAACUGCUUCAGUAGACGUACAGGAAGCCGGCGAACCCAUGAUUGUUGAACCGAACUUUGACGUCGAUGAUGGUAAUCCUCUGGAUAUGGCGUUCGCGGACGACGAAUUCGAUCCGAUGGUGGGAGGCGGUGCAAUACGCUUUUCCCGGGACAAAUCUUCUUCCGUGGAACAAGACACUCGUGUAGAUGAGAACAUGAAGAGACCGGAAGAAACGUCACCUAUUGCACGUGCUAGAGAACUUCGCAGUCCCUCUGUCUCGAGACAGAAUGAAGAUCCUGCUUCACCAGGUGAAGACGCGAACGAGGUAGAUUUACUGAUCGGACCGUCGAUCAGCUCCCCGCGCAAAAGCGUAUCUGACCCUCAGCAGAGCGCUAAUAAAGCCACCCGGUCUGAAUCUGUGUCCAUACUACUUGAAUCUGUUACACCACCUGCGCAGGAAACACUGACGAAUAAGAUUGGGAUGAUGGAUUUGUCUCGUCGCGGACCCGAAGACAUGACAUCGUGUACGGAGGUGCCUAUGGAUGUAGUCAAUGAGAAAGAACCAUCCAAAUCAGUCGUGACUGGCCCUCCAUGUUCUGCCCCAGAUGGUGCGGUUCGAAUGGCCAGCGCAAAUCGCAGGAACGAUGAGACAGAAAAGCAAGCUGACGUCAACAUGAUUGCUUUGACCGCCUCUGGACAAACCUCGAUUCCAGAACCUCAUAAGCAAGCUUCUGUUUUGGCACGAGAUAUUAGAGCUCCCAGAGAGCAGGCAAACCCUAUCCGAGCACUCUCGCCAGGUGCACUUGUUGCUCCCGCACCAGUUGUGAAUUUCAUGGGGAUGUUUAAUUUACCGCCGCAAAAGGCGUCGCCAACGGCUCGUGCAAGCAGGAACAUGUCAACGGUGUCCACUCCAUCCGCAUCCCCGACUAGACCAAUUCAAGCUCCAGCCGGAAAAGCCAAUAACGUGGAUGCUGGUAACGAAAAUGGUUCGCGGCUUGUUGAGAAGACUGGAGAAUUGCGGGAGACUAUCAAUGCGAUCCCUACUCAGACCGCGUCGCCUAAUCCUGUGUCAUCAGAUUCACAGAUACCUGCUGUCGUUGCUGACGGGAAGAAUAAUGUGGAACUCGCAAGUACGGCUGAUAAACCUGCCCGCGACCAGUCGCUGUCACCAAGAUCACGAGCAAAUUUAAAGAUGCCACCCGUACGACCCACAAGGAGGCUCUCCGUCCCAGCGCCGACAUUCCAGUAUUUGCGUGCUGCGGAUACAAGAACUUCCAGCGAAAAGAUGGUGGCGGACCCCGAGACAGUGCCAAGUCAUUCAAGUAAACAAGAAACUGUACGAACGGACCCUUCGUCAAGUUUGACGCCCUCUUCCUUGAUGUCUGAUGCUAGGGAGAUCCCAGACCAAGCAUUAUGUUCUGCAAGGAAACCCAAAUUGCUCAUAAAUGAUCCACCGGGUUCAAACGACAGUGGAGCAGCAAAGGGAAUACCAUCGCCUACAACCAAUCUAUUCAGGGCUGCGGCAGCUUCUGGCUUGUCAUUGAGGCGAGAUCUGAUGCCGUAUGUAAAGAAGCGAAUGUUGCAAAGUACUAUGGAAGGCGGUGAUGCACAGAACAGCGAUUCCCUGGCACGUGGUUCUUCAUCAGCUGCAGAACCUGGGAGCGUUUCUCAACCAGUACCACCGAAGAGACACAAAGCAUUGAAUACAGGAAGUGUUGAUGAUAAUCCGAAUCAGCGAUACGCUGGAACAACUACACUUGCUACUUCUAUUCCUCAGCCAGUGACUGGAGCGAACGCACUAGCACAGAUAUAUAAUAGAACUUCCGGUGGCUUACACGAUGUAAAACUGUCUGCAAUGUCUAGAUCAGACAAAUCAGUUGCAUCUUCUAGGAAAUUCCCAUUUGCUCGCAAGUCCACCGGCACCUCAAAGCGACGCCCAGUGUCGUCGUCCGAGCGACCAACUCCUCUCGACAAUCCAGCUCGGCCAUCGUCCUCUGCAUCAUUCAGGAAACGAGCCAUUUCAACAUCGUCUGCAUCAUCGAGUGGGGACAUCAUCGACACUGGGAAGCAGUCUUCCGCAAAACGUGCUCGAACCCACAAGUCCGAUCUAAGCAGAAAGCCUCCAGUUGCUAGGAAGACGUGUAACGGAUCAAAACGAGCUCGUCAAUCAAUGGCAUCUAAUACCUCCACAAUGCGGUCGCGGAGCAUCUCAUCUGCUUCAAGUCCCGCCCCAAUGGAUGUAUUCGGUGAUGAUCAUAGUGAAUCAUCCAAUAACCGUCCAGCCACACCGGUCACCGAUCUCGCCGAUGCUGUGAGCGAUAUAGUAAUUGCUUCCAAGCCUAAACAUAAAGUCAGCAAAGGACCUGACCCAUCCUUCUCUGGCCGAAGACACGGGCCGAAGUGGUACCACAUCAAAGAUAUUCCUAGGGAUUUCAUCAAUGAAGUCAACUACUUUCCGGCUUGGGGAAGAAACCCAAGAUUGCUGAAGGACAUGUUUGAGCAAGCAAUUUUGCAGAACACAAAUGACGAUGAACCAAAUGCUCCUGCGAUUCAGAUUAUUAACAAUGUCGACGACCAACCAGCACCACCGUUUGAAUUCUAUUAUACCAAUAGAUUAUACCAUCACGAAAACGUGCCGCCUCCCGACUAUGAGAAUCUUCAAGGUUGUGGGUGUAUGGGAAAAUGUGACCCGCAAUCCGCAACGUGUGCCUGCUUGCACCGGCAGCUCGCAAUCUUCAGGGGUCAAGAUAAUUACCAUGAAGGCUUCGUUUAUGAUGAUAAGGGGCGAGCUCAAAUUCAAGGGUUUCCCAUAUUUGAAUGCAAUGAUGCUUGUGGCUGUGAUGAGGAUUGUACAAACAGGGUUGUCCAACACGGCAGGCAAUGUCAUAUCAAUAUAGUUAAGACAAAGCGCAAAGGUUGGGGUAUCUUUGCUGGCAAGAAGAUCCCCAAGGGCACUUUCAUUGGCAUUUAUUCAGGAGAGCUCCUAGUGGAUGAGGAGGCUCACAGACGCGGCCUGAAAUAUAACGCGUCAGACAGAAACUAUCUUUUUGACAUCGACUUCUGGCACAUUCCCAGGGACAAACCAGACGAAAUCAAAUAUGUCAUUGACGCCUUUCAUGUUGGAAACUUCACUCGAUUUUUGAACCAUAGCUGUGAUCCAAAUUGCAGGAUCAAUGCUGUCUACAUCAACGAGGCUAACAUCGAUAAGCCACUGCUCGCUAUAUUCACUACGAAAGAUCUGGAUGCCGGCCAAGAGCUAUGUUUCAAUUACAAUCCUGAAAGGGAUGAAGACGACGAUGAUUCAGACGAGGAGCAUUCCUAUCAGAAAUGCCUUUGUGGAGCACGCAAUUGCUGCGGAAAGAUAUUUAUUCACAAUUAGUGGUACGCAACUCGAAUCUUGCUGAUUCCUUGGGACAGUCUCUGCCUGCUAAGAUGAGAAGCUGAUUAUGGUUAGCGCUCUUUCCUUCCAUACCUUCCAUACCUUCCAUACCUUCCAUACCUUCCAAUAUUCGCAUGUUGAGCACUUUGCAAUGUAAAUCAG